AUGGAAUCUUUCCUGCCACCUUCAAUCAUCAAAGGGAUCGAAUAUUACAAAGAUGAACUUGGAGUGAAAGAGCGCCGAUUGAAACACACCUUUGACGAAAUUGGAGUGAUGAGAAAAAAACUUCAAUAUCUAAAGGAUUUUACAAAACUUCGUAUUUACGCCUGGAACGGUGAAAAAUAUGAUUUGAACGUUAUCUAUCCGAUGCUUGCCUCGGUGCUGUACGAAUUUGUCGGUCAAAAGAGUAAAGACAUUUAUCCGAUAAAGCGCGGCGGUGGAUAUAUGAUGCUUGAUGCGGCAGGUUUGAGCUUUCGCGAUUUCAUGAACUUGUCGGGACCGAUGAAACUUGAAAAAUUGGCAAAUUCGUGUGGCCUCGAUUCGAAAGAGUACUCUAAAGGAUGCUUUCCGUAUGAAUGGUAUACAAAGGUUGAGCAUCUUUACGCUGCAAAAAAUUUUCCCGCUUAUCCGUGCUUUUAUUCGACGCUAGAAUCUGGCGCCGCUUCAAAGGCUGAAACAUAUGCCACAAAGAUGAACGAAAUUAUAGUCGAGCGCUGUGCUGAAAUUAUGCCCGAACGACGAUGGAAUCGUGACGAAGGAUUAAUUAUUCAACUUGUUCAGUAUUUGGGCUUGGAUUCGCUUGUAACAGAUCCAGUUUUAAUUGAGUGGUGUGAAACGAAUGGCGACUGUACACCAAAAGAUAUUUUCAAAAAACAUCUUUCAAUGCUGAAAAGAAAGUUUCUGUAUCAUGCAGAGAAGCGAUGCCAUCAAUGCGAUCCGAAAGAUGCUGAAAUUCGCGAGUUUUUUCGCUUUGAUCCUGUCAAAUAUGAAGAAAGCAACCUGCUGUGGGAUGAGAUGGAGGUGGCGGAGAAUCACUACUGUGGCGCUCAAAGUAACAUGAAUAUGAUGCUGUAUUUGAUCAAUUACAACUACAACGAUGUAAAAUUACUGGUUGGCUCGAUUGAUCGAUAUGCAGCAAAUUACAAGCGUAAAUUCGGCCUUGGUGUUCAUGCGGAUAUUUCAAUUGCCAAAAUGGCUCAGAAAAUUGCGUUUAUUCGUUACGAUAAGAAAUGCCCGCCACUGUACUCGCCACCAGCAAAAGCUGAUUUCUAUUACAACGAUUGUCGACAAAAGUUACUUGGAGGCAUUUGUCAAGUUUUACACCGCGCGAUUUAUCUGAAUCACAAGCAUGAUGAUCCACGAAUUCCAAAUGCUGCAAAAUUUGCGCCAAACGGUGAACGCUACAAGACUGUAGUUUCACUUGAUUUUAACUCGCUUUAUCCGUGGGCUGUUCGACGAGAGUUACCCCUUGGUCCAGGAAUUUUAUAUAAAAUGGCGGACAAAUGGGAUGGACGAUGUCGAAGUGAUGCAUACAAAUUUUACAAUCAAGGACUCUUUUGUCAGAAGCAAAACAGCUCACUCGAGUCGAUUCGCUGGCUCGAGUACUUGAAUUGGAGCGAGUACGACGGACGUAUAGAACACAGCUACAAUUUGCGUGAAAAAAAAAUCGCGGGUCAUUUUGUUGACGGAUAUGCAGAAUUGCCUGAUACCUUUGUUGCACCAUCAAUUCCGAAAAAGGUUAUUUUCGAAUUUCGUGGCUGCACCUAUCAUACCUGCCCGGUCAAGGAGUGCAAAGUAAAACCCUGGCUUGGCGUGAAAAAGACGAUGAAAGACGACGAAGGUAAAAACAUUAUUGUGGAGAUAAGCGCAGAUGAAUUGCGCAAAGAAGACGAUGCUAGAAUUCACAAAAUUGUGGACCACCUGCGCGCCGAAUACAACGACGAUUUAAAAAUGCCACAACGUUGGGGCGAGCGACCUGGAGAAAUUUUGGACGAAUAUGGACCGUUGAAUUUCCGCCAUCGGAUCGAGAUCAUUUACUCUUGUCAAUGGAAGAAACUCUGGUCGCGACUCGAGCUAUUGAACACACCACCCAUUUCAAAAUCUUAUCCGCUGAUUUUCAAAGGGGCUGAACAAAAACACUCUGGUUGUAAAAUGUUUGAAGCAGGCGUCACGGAAGAAGACUUUUUAAAAACUUUGAGGGAAACGUAUCAAUCUGACGAGAAUCCCAAAGACAUACUAAAAUCACGAUCGAAGUUUUUCGGAAUUGCGCUUGUUGAUUUGGAAUCGCCGCCUCAAGUCAUUGUUGAAAAUCCUCACGUGCCGCCAAUAUUUGCAAAAAUGAAACUCGAAUCUGACAUGCUGCACGGAUAUAUGAAACGUGUACUGCCAAGCAAAAUGGUGGAACAACUUUAUCCCUCGGAGGAGAACAUUUUUUGCUACAACACGAAGCGCUAUUUGGCAACAAGUGAGAUGCUUGCCUACUUGGAUCGCAAGGGUCUCAAAAUACGAGUUCAUUAUUUCAUUGAAUAUUAUCGAGGUUCGCCUUUUGAGAAUUUUGUUGCCACAAUGGUAAAAGAUCGAGUUGCUGCAAAAGUGGCAAAUAAUGAUACAAUGCAACUCGUCAUCAAACUGAUUCUAAAUGCAAUGGUGGGACGUUUUGCUUUGGCUGUUUCGCGCUUUAUGGCGACGAAAAUCGUCGGCGCCGACAAGAUGUACGAUGCGAUACGAUCGCCCUUGCUUCAUUCAACAAAACCCCUCCGAGUUGAAGAUAUUGCGUUGGAUCCUUUGCACGAGAUUGUAAGCAAAAAGAAACGAGUCACCGAAGACUUGGCGAUUCAUGUGCAAAUUUUUGUCUACCAGGAAUGA